AUGUAUCUCCCUCGCAGCUUGAUCUCCCAUCUUUACCUUCAACUCCUGCGCUCGCACCAUCCGCUCUCCCCGCCGGUACUGAUUCUCGUUGCCCUCGAGCCGGAUGCCCUCUGUGCCUGUCGAAUUCUGACCACGCUAUUAAAACGCGAUUAUAUCCCUCAUAAGAUCCAGCCUGUCGCCGGAUAUGGCGAUCUUGCGCGUGCAGGCGAGGAGCUGGUCCGACCAAUGCGCACCACGGACGGGGGAAGUGGAGGAGUCGUGGUAUGCCUAGGCGUGGGGGGACUGGUCGAUCUCAGUGAAAUACUGUGUCUCACGGGUGAAGAUGGGACGGAGGAAAUGGGAGGAGUCGAGGUCUGGGUCAUUGACGCGCGCAGGCCUUGGAAUCUAGGGAACGUCUUCGGUGGACAACCGCGGUCCCGACAACCAUUGGAGGAAGUCGAUCCAAAUGCGCGUCGGAAGAGUAGCGGCGUGGACAGGGGCUGCAUUACUCGUUCCUACACGAGCGGAAGCGGGGGGAUCAUCGUCUUCGACGACGGAGACAUUGAAGAGGAAUUGAGCGCGGAACGCGAGGCAUAUUACGCGUUGGAGGAGAUGCCAGAGGUUGAUGAUGACGACGAUGACGAUGACAGCCUCGGGUCAGAUAGUGAAGAGGAAAGCGAAUUUGGAUCACACGGCAAGAAACGGAAAUCGUGGUCUGGGAGAGACGACGAAGACGACGAAGAUGAAAAUGACGAGCCCCCGCGACAACGACGGCGGAGCAACUCCAGUUCACCAAUUCCAUCAUCGCCUUCUAAUCGUCGUCGAAUUGGACAUGAUUCUUCCAACUCGUCACGGUCCCCUUCUCCAGUGUCCGACUCGAUAUCUCCGCCUGUUCCAAAACAGCCUUCGGCACGCACGUUACGAAGACGGCUCCUGCGAUUGAAAAGAAAGCAUGAGACUGUACUACAAAACUAUUAUUCAAUGGGGACGGCUUAUUCGGAACCCAUCUCGUCGAUGCUCUACUCUUUGGCCUCAGAACUGGGCCGCGAAGAUAAUGACCUACUGUGGCUUGCCAUUGUUGGCAUUUCAAGCAUGGAGGUCUCUGGUCGCACAAUGUCCGGUGUCGGUAUCUCAAACCCGUCAGAAUCUGGGGGUUCAGCAGGUUGGGGUGGAGCACGGGGAGAACGAAUACGUCAGAUACUGCGGGAUGAAGUCCAUCGACUCAACCCUCCUGAUCCGUCCGAGAACUCUCGUGAUGUUCGGUCUGAAAUCAACGGUGUCAUUCCAACGACUGGGCGGUCUCCAACAGAUACAUCCAUUCGUCUGUCACCAGAACCGAGAUUUCUUCUCGUGCGGCACUGGUCUCUUUACGAGAGCAUGCUUCACAGUCCCUACUUGGCCUCGAGGUUACAUGUAUGGACUGAAAAUGGCCGGAAACGUCUUCACAAACUACUGGCCAAGAUGGGCAUCAGUUUGAGUCAGUCCCACCAAAACUACACGCAUAUGGAUAUGGAAUUGAAGCGGGUGUUACGCCAACGAUUACUGAAAUAUGCGCCGAUGUAUGGCCUGGAUGGAUUGGUUCCGCCAGUCGCCUCCGGGCAUAGCAGUAACCGCGAAGGAUGGGGCUUCGUGCGAUGCUGGGGCUGGAAGGCGUGUCUUUCCGCCACAGAUGUUUCUGUCAUUCUUGGAGCCAUCCUCGAAGUCGGGCCGCAGAACUUGUCAUCCUGGGAUGCCAGUGCCUCUUUCCACUCACGGAGUACAAACGGUUCGUCUCAGUCGGAAACGCCGUCAGAGUCAGACCCUGCCAACUUGCAUCCUCGGUUUUGGAGUGCCUAUGAUGCACUUUCUCCCACUGGAUCGGAAUCACCCACCUUGCUCCUCGAAGCACUUCCCCUUGCACAACAUCUUCACCGUGCCAUCCUCCGUACGGGCACGUCGCUGCUCUCGAAGCAUCAGAUUCGUCACCUGCGUGCAUUCCGCAUAGCCGUGGUCAAGGAUGGACCAGAUGUGAAGUUAUUCACCAAUCCGGGCGCGCUAACCAAACUCGCGCUGUGGGUUUCAGAGGCCAUCCAGGUGCAGGAGCGGGAGCGAGGCGACGGGCUGAAGAUUGGGAAGAAGCGGGCCGUGGGAACUCCGCUCGUUCUGGCCGGCUUGGAUGAAGACCGUGGCGUCUACGUCGUCGUUGGUACAGGAGGAGGCGGUGGUGUUAUUGACUUUGCUGCUAUAGCAAAGCGGCAGGAGGAACGCCGUGCAAAGAAAGAAGCGAAAGAGAAGAAGAGAAAAGAACGGGAGGAGCGCCGCAGGAAGCGCGUUGCCGAGAGAGCUGAAAGGGGUGAAGAUGAUGAUGAGGAGGAAGAAGAGGACGAGACGGAGGAAGAAGACGACACAUCGUCAUCAAGCUCCGACUCCGAGUCCGAAGACGAGAAGAGCCUGUUCGGGAACAAGAACCUGGUUCGCAACCGGUUCGGCAUCGCUUUCCAGGAAGUGGUGCAGGAGACCAACGCGCGGGUACGGAUCGACAGUUUCGAACACUGCGUCGUGGAGGUGCAGAAAGAAGACCUGGGCGCGUUCCUCGAGGCUCUGAGUUUUAGGAGUGUUGUGGGAUAG